CCUUCGCUCUUCCUUCCUUCACCCGCAUGCGGUUCCUUGGAAAUAACACAGAGUUUAGAAGAUGAUCCUCUGCUUGAUGCACCGCUUAUUUCAUCUCAUGCAUUGCAUUCGCAGCUGAGGCCAAGAUUUCGUGCUAUCCCAGCAGUCCUUCUUGCCAAUUUUCUGUUGUUCAUACAUGUUGUUUUUGUUGUUCUGUCCUUCUUGGCAGCCAUGUUCUGUUCCUAUCCCAAUCCAAAUCAGGACAAGUGCCCUGGAAACUAUACUCAUCCACUUAAAGUGCAGACUGUCAUAAUUAUUGCAAAAGUCAUCCUAUGGAUCCUGCAGGUGUUCUUUGAACGGUACAUCCACCACCACCACAGUAAAGUCCGAAGCAGAGGUUACUUCUCCAUCUAUCGAUCCACACGACAUCUGAAAAGGCUUCCCCUGGUGAUUCAUUCCACAGGAAAUGCAGCCCUGCUUUUGAUUCUGUCAGUGCAGCAUUCCUUUCCUGAGCACAGUAAAGUGUACCUGUACCUGAUCCUGGGAGUCCUGGGCCUGGAGCUGAUCAGUUCACUCACCUGCCUCGUGAUUUACACAGUGAAAAUAAGCAACUUCAAUCGUGCAAAGCCAAGACCUGAUAUAAUUGAAGAAGAGAAGAUGUAUGCUUACCCCAGCCACAUUACCUCAGAAACAGGAUUCAGGGAAAACUCAAGUUUAGAAGAGAUAGUUGAGAAGCAAGGAGAUGUAAUMGAGUACCUUCAGCGACACAAUGCACUACUCAGCAAGAGACUAUUGGCACUAACAUCACAGCAAAUCAGAACUUAAAAGCAUUUACAAAACUGCUGCUGCAGCUCMAGAGGAAUUCUCAAGCAGCCUCAGUUAUAUGGAUGACUCUGCUCCAUGAGGUGAUUCAGCUUUCACACCUUGCAAGAGAAGUCUGUCAGGCUGGAAGUGAGUUCUUCAUAUACUGAGCACCUGUUACAACUGGACAUACUCUGGCAUUGCCCUAUCCCUGCUCCCCAAUUACCAGCUCUGGAAAGAGCUUCUGGAGGUUUGAGGACUUUUAAUUUCUAAUAGGUUCAAGUUGGACCUGAGGUAGUAGUUUGAUUUUGUUCAGCUGUUGCUAUCAUUUAGCACUGUUGUAACACGGAAGCUUCAAACAGCCAGAGUAUUUGAUUUCUAGAACACAAAGUGUUUUCUAGAAAACCAAAUUUUGCAAAAUUUUGGUUGAAGCUUCAGGUGGCUGAAGCUGAGACUAGAUGUGUUCUAUCACUGUGUCAUGUUUCCAGUUAUUUGAAGUAGUGAACAUCAGUGAAUCCUGUUCAAAGCAGCUUGUUUCCUAGAUCUGUCUUGUUUUCCCCAUUUGUCAGGAAAAUGAAUAAAAAUGUAGCCUAUGUCAGUGGGGAAACUGGCACCCAGCUUAUGUUUUUUUAAAAAAACAAAGCAAACAUUGGGUGCCCUAGAAUGCCAAAUCAUGCAUCUGCAUGUGUGGUUGGGUAACAAGGUCAUAAGUUAAUUCGAGCAGCUAUUCAGCKUUCUGGCUUUAAAACUCCUAAAAGGGAUCUCCAGGACUGACAUUCCUGUGGCUAAAGUUGUGUUAGUUACUACUAGACAGGACUGCUACUUUCCAUAUUGAACUAACUAGACACAAAAAAAUCUUUCUAUUAAACUGGUGGUCAACUCAUGUUGAUCAGAUCUCCACUUCUAGGUUUGAGCAGUGUGAGGGUAAAUCCUGCUAGGGAUAUUAUCUCAGUUGUGCAUAUUGGCUCAAUUGGACUUUGCAAACUUGAAAAAGCAUCCUGCCUCCAAAGCUCAAGUACAGACACAGGUAAAUAAAUAUAUCAAAAUAAGCACCUGGCAGGAGCUGGCACUGGGAAGUUGAGCCUCUCGGAGCCCCUGCGUGUUGCGUGGGGUUGUGGGCAGGCCAGUGCUGGGCCUGGAGGCUCUCUGUGCUGCCCCUGCCCUUUCUCCUCAGUGCUGGAACCCRUGGGCUGUCACCACUGCCCUCUGCCCAGUGCCUCUGCAGGGAGGCCAAGGACAUCCCUGCUCUGGAAGAGGGCUCAGGUGAGGACUGGCCCUGUGGGAAAACUGG